AUGGAUAGAUCAAAUAAGAUAAGAGGGAAUAACAGAUAUAAUAAUAAAUCUUAUAGAAGAUAUAACAAUAACAAUCACAACUCUAUAUAUCCUAAAAAUGAAGAAUAUACCCAGAAUGUUAAAUAUAAAUCAAAUCAGAUACUUUCCAGUAGCACUACUGGCAAAAACGCGGGAAUAAACAUAGCUAAAUUAGAUAUACUACCCCAAUUUAAACCAUCAGGCUUGUUGUUACGAGGUGGAUAUGUGGAACCAGAAGACAAGUUUAUUCUUGGCAAAAAUAAUGUUUUAAAUCACAAUAAUAAAGAUAGAAUUAACACUUAUAAAAAUAACAAGGUUAAUAGUAGUAGAAGAAGAGGUUUAAGUGACUACAAUUCCGAUGAUGAUUUUAAUAUUCCGGAAUUUAACUUAACAGUAUUGAACUUAUCUGAAUUUGCAGAUAAAAAUCCCGAUUAUAAAAAAACAUAUCUUUUAAAUGACUCGAUGAAAAGUUGGAUAACUGUUGGAAUUAAUGUUGGUUCUGACAAAACUAUUAUGUACAAUGGUAUGGGGAGUAAUAGAUUUUAUGUUGAUAUUCCGUUAUUGUUACUGCCUAAUAAUGCAAGCAGUCAUAUUACUCCCUCGUUUGAUUUUGAAAACAAUAUAUUACUCGUGAUACAGUUUAGAAAAAUAAAAAGACAGAAUUAUGGUGAUAAUAACACCACAGUUAAACCUUAUAUUUUAAAUUACUCACUUCCUAAUACGUCUACCACAAUAACGCUAAAUGGUUCGCUCGAUAUACCACGGGAAAAAUAUGUUGAAUUGCAAAAUAAUGAUACAAUUAAAAUUAGUAUUCUGCCAGAAUAUGAGUUAAAGUUUACCAUCAAAUAA